AUGAUUUCGAGUCGUCCAAAAAGAUCGACAAGAAAGGUUACUAUUGAUACAGCUUUUCAAGAUGUCGUUGAACAGAAUAAAGGAGAGACAAUCAGAAGUCUCGAAAAAAUUAUCCAAUUAUACAAUUGGAAUGAGAUUCCUGAUUGGCAAAAGGACAAUGAACAUAUUAUUAGCGGCUAUGUGAAAGAGACUAAUAGUUUUUUCUCAUGCAUUGAAAGCCUUUUCUAUCUUCAUAACGAAUCGGUUAAUGUUUAUUCUCACUUAAUUCCAGCAGUAUGCUUUCUAAUGACUUCGCUACUGAACAAAACCAUUGUACCGAAGUUUAGGACUACGACGGUGCUAGAUUAUUUAUAUAUUGAUUUGUUUUUCUUAGGUGCAUUUACUUGCCUAAUAUUGAGCAGCACUUUCCAUUGUUUUAAAAGUCACUCUCUAAGGAUUGCAACAUUUGGAAACAAACUGGAUUAUCUGGGGAUAGUCGUUCUGAUCAGUACUUCGAUGAUAAGUCUUCUAUACUACGGAUUUUAUGAUACACCCAGUCUAUUUUAUGUCUUUGCAUUUAUUACUCUCUCUUUUGGGCUAGCCUGCGCUACUGUCUCAUUGAAGGAUAAAUUCCGCUCAAGAGAAUGUAGGGCGUAUAGGGCGACCUUGUUUGUUUGCUUUGGUUUGUCAGCAGUGCUUCCGGUCAUAUGUGGACUAUAUCAUUAUGGGUUUUACAAUACUUGGCAUAGAAUUCAAUUAAAAUGGGUUUUACUGGAAGGAGUUUUUUAUAUCUUUGGUGCAUUUUUAUAUGGUAUAAGGUUCCCAGAAAAGUAUACGCCAGGUAAAUAUGAUAUAUGGGGACAUUCCCAUCAGUUAUUCCAUAUUCUAGUUGUCAUUGCUGCUCUUUGUCAUUUUAAGGCACUGAUGUGUAGCUACGAGCAUGUUCACAUGUUUGUUAUUCCAUCAAUGCUAAACAUAUUACGUUAG